AUGGCUCCUUAUCUAGUGCCAGGGGAGGUGCCACCAGCCAGCCUGCCAGGCUACCAGCCUGCCCACCACUUCCACAGGUCCCCGGGCAUGGGCACACGAUGCCAACCUGGGCACACGAGCACAGCGUCUCGGUGUCACCCAUGCCCAGUGGCGCGUGACAUGACGACAUUCACACAUGGCUGGCUGCAGGAGAAUGAGCUAAUCACCGCCUGUGUUGACCUGUCAGAGAAUUAGCUGUGGUUGUUGGGGUAGAGAUUGAUUGUAGUGUACUCUAAUGUGUACUUUAAUUAAGCUCUCGGCCUCUUUCAUUUGUUCUCUCAGUUCUCAUUUAAUAUCUAAAGCCGUCGUUCUCUGCUCUUCUGUCUGUCUGUCUGUCUGUCUGUCUCGGUGUGUCAGCUGGAACACUGAUUAGAUUACAAUCAGCUCUGUGUGUGUUUGGCCAGUUCUUCAACAACCAUUGUGUGUAUGUUGUGGCUUACCUCAAUUGCUCUGUCAAUGUUUGUAUGUUGCUCAGUUCAGUGUUUAUUAUUUUAAGCAUGACCAAUGCCCAGCACAUCAUGACAAUAUCAAUAGGCUUAUAUCUAACAACACAAAAUUGGUUGCUUUAUCUGAUAUACAAUCAAACAGGAUUCCAAAAACAUUAUAUAAAUCGGAAAAUCCCCAUCAUUUCACUGACUGUAGGUAGAGAUUACCAAGCCAAAAGUCCAUAUUCAUCAGAAGCCAAGGUUUCUUUCCAGGGACUCUGCACAAAGGGCAGUGCUGUAGCAAAGGUGAUUAUUGUCCUAAGAUCUUAAUUACGAAAACCAGGUCUUUGAAAUACUGUAAAAUGGGAUAUUGUCUUAGUAACUUACCUGGCUAUAUCACAUAAAUACAUAAAUACAGAGUUUCACAGUCUGGAAAAGCAGUCAUCCUGAAGCUGUAUAGCUGUAUUCCAAUGUCUGUUAGUGUAGGCUCCUGGAACCCAGGGCCGCCAGGAGGAACCCAGAGGCCAAAGCAGAGGUAGGCUUGGCCGGGGUGCAGCUGAGAAGAAAGGCCCUAUUCUUCUGAAUAGGGGGAGAGACCCUGGUCCAGAGGAGGAAGGAAGUGAGGCAGGCAGAGAGAGAGAAGGCCCAGAUCAGCCCCAGUCAGCUCCUCUCUCUGCGUUCUGCACAGCUCUAGGAUCAGUGUCUUAUGCUGCAUAAUGGUGUAGCCCUUGGAGUUGGACCUACCAAGACCAUGUUCCUGGUAGCAUCCAUGCAUGCAUACAUGCAUUCCUCCUAGGCUGCAGAUCAGUAUAGAAAGCUAUCAGUGUCUGAAGCAUUGUUGUGUUGAAGGGGGGAUUGAGAUAUAGAGAGGGAUGCAUCAUUCUACAGUGAUGGAGGUCCUCUUUGUUUAGAUAGGGCGGCAGAUAGCCUAGCAGUUAGAGCAUUGGGCCAGUAACCGAAAGGUCGCUGAUUCAAAUACCCGAGCAGACAAGGUGAAACAUCUGACGUGCCCUUGAACAAGGCACUUAACCCCAUACUACUAUGACUGACCCUGUAAAACAACACAUUUCACUGCACCUAUCUGGUGUAUGUGACAAUAAAACUUUUAUUUUUAUAUAGUCUUACAUAGAGAGCAGGGAACUAAUGUAAUCUGUUGCUCAGUGCUAGAUUAUGUUACCUCUGCACAAAGUCAUAAAGGGUAGUCAAGGGUUAUGAUGAGAGUGAGAGCCGAUUGCUUGGUUGUCCAAACAUGACCUGGUAUAGUCUCUGCUGUUUUUUUGUGUGCUAAAAUGUUACAUUUGACUGAAAUACCUGCACUUCUGACCUGCAUUUGUAGUGCCGUUAUUACAAUAUGUUUUAAAUAUGUGCCUUUUUCAAAGUGUAUACAUUCUCCUCCAAAAUGUUGAAAGAAAUGUACCCGUCCAUUUCCUGUAACAUUUUUUUUAUUUUUUUUAUUUCACCUUAAUUUAACCAGGUAAGCCAGUUGAGAACAAGUUCUCAUUUACAACUGCGACCUGGCCAAGAUAAAGCAUAGCAGUGCGAUAAAAACAACAACACAGAGUUACAUAUGGGGUAAAAAAACAUAAAGUCAAAAAAUACAACAGAAAAUAUAUAUACAGUGUGUGCAAAUGUAGCAAGUUAUGGAGGUAAGGCGAUCUUAUGAAUCAGCAGUGUAGCAUCUUGUUGUCAGGUGAGAUGAUGAUGAGUUGACAAUGCUCGUUGUCUCAUGUGGCUGCAGGUUUGAGAAGGGCCGUAUCUACACCUACAUCGGCGAGGUGGUGGUGUCGGUUAACCCUUACCGCGCCAUGAACAUCUACGGUCGAGACACCAUAGAGCAGUACAAGGGCCGGGAGCUGUACGAGCGACCGCCACAUCUCUUUGCCAUCGCAGACGCAGCUUACAAAGCCAUGAAGAGGAGGAACAAGGACACCUGUAUCGUCAUCUCAGGUAACGGGGGAAGCCCCCAAAAACGUCCAAUCAAAUCAAUUUUGUCUAUUGAAUUAAUUGGAGCAUAGAAAUACACAACAUAGUAGGAGAUUAUAAUGGCUCAUGCAUGCUUAUAAGAACUCCUGAGUGGCGCAGUGGUCUAAGGCACUGCAUCGCAGUGCUAACUGUGCCACUAGAGAUCCUGGUUCGAAUCCAGGCUCCGUCGCAGCCGGCCGUGACCGGGAGACUCAUGGGCGGCGCACAAUUGGCCCAGCGUCGUCCAGGGUAGGGGAGGGAAUGGCCGGCAGGGAUGUAGCUCAGUUGAUAGAGCAUGGCGUUUGCCAUUUUUUACUGGGGGCCAGUAUUAAAAAAAAAAAAGGUAUUCACUAACUGUAAGUCGCUCUGGAUAAGAGCGUCUGCUAAAUGACUAAAAUGUAAAUGUAAAUGUAAGAAGUAAUACCCGUACAUAACACUGGUUCAGGUCAAGUCAUGUCUUCCUGGAUGCCAACUUUAGUGUUUGUUUGAAAAUGUAGCUUUAAAGUGUCAAAUAUUCUCUCAAAAUAUUGAUGUCAUGUCUGACUUUUGCUCUAAUGUUUUCUGUCUGGAGUAAUGUGAGUUUGUCAUUUCGCUGGCGAGCCUUUUGGGGAAAUCAAUAUGAAAAUAGCAGGACCAAUUCGUCACCUUCUUUCUAAGAAAACAUUGAAGUGGCCACGAACUGUGACAGCAUGGUGAAACUAUUUAGUUGAUAAAGUGCCACUUAGUGGUGAAGAGAGGAAUAUUCUGUAUCAAAAGGCAUAAAUCCCAAAACUCACCCUAAAGAAGCCUGUGUUAAUGUAGAUGACAAUUUAGAGGUUCUUAUUGGAUUCACUGGCACUUUAUAACAAAAAUCGUAAAAAUGUUUCAUUGCAGGGGAGAGUGGUGCCGGAAAGACAGAAGCUAGCAAAUACAUCAUGCAAUACAUUGCUGCUAUCACAAACCCCGGGCAAAGAGCUGAGGUCGAAAGGUGAGAAAUUCUGCCAUUCUUCUGUGGGAAGUUGCCAUUUUAACAUUCUCAGAAUGUCCAUACUAAAGACCUGUGAAUGCAGAAGUAAUCAGAAAUUGUUUGCAUUCCCAGGAGUAUGAUAAACUAAAGGUCAAGGUAGUUGUCACCAAAUCACCCGUGGUAUGCACUGGGAGUGUUUCUGCUAGAUGGAGAAGAAAUGCCUCUAUCGCCAUCGAGAAUGUGAUCAUUCGGGACACAUUUUUUAGUAAGAGUGCGUUGCUUGCCAUGCGAUAAGAGGAAUAUUGGUUGAAGGUAGGCUUGGGCAAUAUACCGUUCAUACCGUAUACCGCGGUAUUUCAAAAUGUUCAAUACCGUUAAAAAAAAUACCGCCUUACGGGGGUGCGUGCUACGCCACUGCUUAUAACUAACUAUAAGUGAAAUAUAACUAUAACAAAACAAAUCUAAGGUGUCAAAUAAAUGAUAUCCAGCUCAGGGCUCCAACUAUGCAUUUGGUUUGCUAACUUGCUAGAUGUCAAGAUCAAGCUUCUUGGUUACAGCACAGACAUUUUUUAUUUGUUUUGAAAUAGCGCCCCCUUGUGUGCACAUUCCAUAAUACCAUAUACACCGGCAUGGUACAGAAACGGUAUGACAGUAUGAAAAUCUGGAUACCGCCCAACCCUAGUUGAAGGUUAGGGCAGGAAAAGAAUGGGUGAGGUUGUACUUAACAACAGGAAUAUUUGGUGCAGAGAGAGAGAGGAUAACCUAUAGAAGAUAUACAGGAGAACACAUGGAACGCGUUGCCACGGGAAUUUUGCACGUACCUGUGGUGUAUUUAAGUGAUAAUGCCAGAGAAGCCGGCGUUUGGAGGAUGUACAGUGAGGGAAAAAAGUAUUUGAUCCCCUGCUGAUUUUGUGCGUUUGCCCACUGACAAAGACAUGAUCAGUCUAAAAUUUUAAUGGUAGGUUUAUUUGAACAGUGAGAGACAGAAUAACAACAACAAAAUCUAGAAAAACGCAUGUCAAAAAUUUUAUAAAUUGAUUUGCAUUUUAAUGAGGGAAAUAAGUAUUUGACCCCUCUGCAAAACAUGACUUAGUACUUGGUGGCAAAACCCUUGUUGGCAAUCACAGAGGUCAGACGUUUCUUGUAGUUGGCCACCAGGUUUGCACACAUCUCAGGAGGGAUUUUGUUCCACUCCUCUUUGCAGAUCUUCUCCAAGUCAUUAAGGUUUCGAGGCUGACAUUUGGCAACUCGAACCUUCAGCUCCCUCCACAGAUGUUUUAUGGGAUUAAGGUCUGGAAACUGGCUAGGCCACUCCAUGACCUUAAUAUGCUUCUUCUUGAGCCACUCCUUUGUUGCCUUGGCCGUGUGUUUUGGGUCAUUGUCAUGCUGGAAUACCCAUCCACGACCCAUUUUCAAUCCCCUGGCUGAGGGAAGGAGGUUCUCACCCAAGAUUUGACGGUACAUGGCCCCGUCCAUCAUCCCUUUGAUGCGGUGAAGUUGUCCCCUUAGCAGACAAACACCCCCAAAGCAUAAUGUUUCCACCUCCGUGUCUGACGGUGGGGAUGGUGUUCUUGGGGUCAUAGGCAGCAUUCCUCCUCCUCCAAACACGGCGUGUUGAGUUGAUGCCAAAGAGUUCGAUUUUGGUCUCAUCUGACCACAACACUUUCACCCAGUUCUCCUCUGAAUCAUUCAGAUGUUCAUUGGCAAACUUCAGAUGGCCCUGUAUAUGUGCUUUCUUGAGCAGGGGGAUCUUACGAUGGGCCUCCGCAGUGCAUACACGUAGCCUACAGUUCUUCAUCGUUCUCGCCAGAGAAGACAGGGAAGAAACCACCAAUUUACCUCUAGGCUGCUAUACAUAUUUGUUUAGUUUGUCAUUCUAACUCUGUGUAUUCUCAAAUUGAAAAAAGUGAGGGAGCGACACUCCUCCGCGCUCCGGCAGCACUACACCCCUGCCUAUCAGGUCAUUACUAGUUAUUACCCCUGUUAUCAUUUCUACAUUGGCUCAAAGAUCAAAGCUCAGCUGAAUGAAUGCUUUAUAACCCUCCUUAUGACACGCAUAUGUUUGGCACACACCGCUCGUAAUAAAAUCCCAGAAAUAGGGCUGUUAAUGGCAUUUUAGUGCUGAAUAUAUUGCCCUUGACCCACAACAUCUUCCCUGUAGCCAUUUUAAAGGAGUAAAACUGUAGUUUUGUGUUAGUAUCACUGAGAACAUUUGUUGCCUCUCUCUCUCCAGGGUGAAAAACAUGCUGCUGAAAUCCAAUUGUGUCCUAGAGGCCUUCGGCAACGCCAAGACCAACCGCAACGACAACUCCAGCCGCUUCGGCAAGUACAUGGACAUAAACUUUGACUUCAAGGGAGAUCCCAUUGGGGGCCACAUCAACAACUACCUGCUGGAGAAGGUAGGGGGCGCUAGAAAGAAUUGUUUUAUUCCCAAUGAGAUCACCUUUAUAGAUAAAGAUAAAUUAUAUUUCACUCUGAAUCAAUUAAACUAAAUCGGUUUCUCUUACAGUCCAGAGUCAUCUUCCAGCAGGAGGGGGAGAGAAGCUUCCACUCAUUCUACCAGGUGUGUGUAAGCGUUUACGUGUGUGUGUGUGUGUGUGUGUGUGUGUGUGUGUGUGUGUGUGUGUUUGUUACACGCCAGACUGAUGCCACCAUAAGCUGCUAUACAGACCAGAUGGUCUGUGACUGUGUUAAUCAUAAAGGCAUGGUGAUAUCAUAGAUUUUACAGCUCCAUGCUGUCAGUUGAAAAUAUAUAUAUCCAUCUUCUCACCCCAUUAACUCCACAAAUAAACAUCCAUAUUUCUCACUCCAUAAACUACCCAUUCUUAACGGACUUCACCCUCCAUUGGUCUGGUCUCAUUAUUGAUCAAGAUAAUUAUUUUCCUUUGCUCCGUUUUACUGUGGAGUUAUAUAUGAUUAACAGCAACAUUAAAAUUAAAUGGGGGGCAGCAGGUAGCUUAGCUGUUAAGAGCAUUGAGCCAGUAACCAAAAAGUUGCUGGUUCGAAUCCCUAAGCCGACUAGGUGAACAAUCUGUCUGUGCCCUUGAGCAAGGCAAUUAACCCUAAUUCCUCCUGUAAGUCGCUAAAUGUAAAUGGUUUAGAAUGUAAAUACUGAACAGUUCUUGGCAUGUGUCACUACUGACUCUGUGUCUCUCUUUCUCGCUCCGUUUUCUUCAGAUGGUUAAAGGGGGUCCUGAGUCUCUCUUGCGGUCCCUCCAUGUCUCGAAGGACCCCGCAGCCUACAACUACAUCAAAGUGGGAGGCCACGUCAAGGUACUGUAGGUUACUACAGAACUAUAUCUACUUUGACCCCUUACUUUACAUAAACAGUCACAAAAACAAGUACUAGACAGAGAAUGUCACUAUCAUACUGUGUUUAUUUGGUCACACUGUUUAUUUUCUCAGGAAUAAAGAUACACAAGCCCAGCUAUUAACACAUCGUUUAAUUAAAGCAGGCAUGUCCGUUCUGCUGUCUCUGCACUUGAAGCUUAAUUAGUAGGAACAAAACAAUAUUUUAUAGCAACAAACAACGUGACGUCAUGGAACAGAACAGAGCUAGGGCCCAAACUGCUGAAGUGGUUUGUACAUGGUCCAAUUUUUAUAGGAAUAGCCCCCGACUGACACUCACACUGUUCUGUCUUGAAGAAAUUUGUGGUCAUCUAGUGAUUCCUACUGUAUGACUUUGGCUGCUGGGAGGGGAAACAUGUUAGGAAUGAACUCGUCCUUGCCAAAGUGAGGAAGUGGUGUACUUGGCCAGUGUUACAGACUGAUCAAAAGUAGAUAUCAAGUAAAUAUCUUGACUAAAUUCACGACACUAGCCGGAAGUUUUCCUUCAAAAUGGACUAAAUGUAACGUGUUUUGUGUGAAAUUAGGGGACAAACACUGUCCUAUUGUAGCCAGUUUGAUUGUUCUAUUCCUCCAUCUCCCUCCUUUCUCUCUCUCCCUGUCACAGUCGUCCAUUAACGAUGGUGCUGAUUUCAAAGCAGUGGCAGACGCCAUGAAGGUGAUCGGCUUCACAGCAGAUGAGCUCCAGACGGUUUACAAGGUCCUGGCCACUAUCCUGCACCUGGUAAUACCCCAUAAUAAUUCCUAGCUCUAUUGGCCUGCCAGCAGGGUUAGCAUAGGUUAAAAUGAAACGGGGUUAAAAGUACAGUCACUAGUGAAAGUCUACACAUCCCUUGUACAGUCUUCAUAUUUUGCAGCCUUAAAAUUACAUUAGAUUUUUUUCCUAUCGAUCUACACAACCUACUCCACAUUUUCAAUGUGAAAGAAAAAUUCUAAAAAAUAUUCAACAUUUCUAAGAAAUACAAAAUGAGGAUGUAUUGCUUGCGUAUGUCUUCACAUCCCAGUUAAUACUUGGUGGAAUAACCUUUGGCACACAUUGCAGUUGUGAAUCAUUUUGAAUAAGAUUAUACCAACCUUGCUCCACUCUUAGGGCAACAUACUGUGUGUCCAUUGUUUUUGUCAAAAUUGCUCAAGCUCAAAAAAUUUGGUUGGGAAUCAUUGAUGGACAGCAAUAUUCAAACCUUGUCUCUGAUUUUUUUUAAACAGAUUUAAGUCAGGAAAGAGACUGGACCAUUCAGACUGGAGUAUUUGCAACAAGGUCGUUAAAUAAUACUGCAAGACAACUCAGCAAAGACUAACUUUUUGGCCUAAAUUAAAAACUACAGAUUUGGGUAAAAUAUUAUACAACACAACACAGAGUGAAACCCUCUGUAUUGUGGUGGAAGCAUCAUGUUAUGGGUAUGCUUGUCAUCGACAAGGACUGGGGAGUUUGUCAGUUAAAGGAAAGCCCACCUCAGUCUUCUGAAAACCUAACCCUGGGAUAGAGUUUUAUUUUGCAGUGAGACAAUUGCACACAUUUUUAUCUAAAGUUACACCAGAAUGGCUUUCCAAGUGGUGUUAAGUAUUCCUGUGUGGUCUAGUCUCAGUCCUGACUUAAAUUUGCUUGAAAAUCAGAGACAAGGUUUGAAUAUUGCUGGCCAUCAAUGAUUCCCAACUAAAUGUAAUGUGCUUAACUGAGACAUUUGGACGAAAACAAUGGACAUAUGUCGCCCUAAGAGUUGUGCAAAGUUGGUAGAAUAUUAUUAGAAAAUAAUUCACAGCUGUAAUGGCUGCCAAAGGAGCUUCCACCAAGUGCCAACUCUGGGGUGUGAAGACAUACGCAAUCAGGACAUCUUUGUUUUUUAUAUAUUAAUGUGGGAAAUGUUCUACAUUUCUUUCAAUUUGCGAAUGUGGAGUAGGUUGUGUAGAUCUUUAAAAUAAAAAUAAUGUUAUCCCUUUUUAGAUGUAUUUUUAAGGCAGAAAAAUGUGAAGACUGUGCAAAGGGUGUGUAGACUUUCUCUAGACACUGUAUACUCAGCAAUAUGUCAUCAUCAUUUACUGUGUGGUGACUUCUUGUUGUGUAAUGAGUCACCUUUCAAAUGGAACAGAUUUGAAUGAAACGGCAUUGAAUGGAAACAGUCCAGCCCUUUGUUUGUGCUAUUCUCCUCCCCUUUUCUCCAACGCUAUUACUCCACAUAGUCUCUUUAGUUUACAGUUUACUUCCUGUAUUUACUUCCAUGUGACCUCUCCCAGGGCAACCUGACGUUUGGUGUGGACGGUGACACAACGCUGAUUGAGAAUUCCAAGGUGGUGGCGAUGAUCGGGGACCUGCUGGCCACUAAGGAGGAGAAUGUUGAGAAGGCCCUGCUCUACCGCACCGUGGCCACCGGCCGUGACGUCAUUGACAAGCAGCACACGGCCCAGGAGGCCAGCUACGGCCGGGACGCCUUGGCUAAGGUAGCUAAUGCUAGUACGCUAUGUUAACCGAUGCACAGUUAACUGUCAACAUGCUGAUUCUUAGCUAAGGUAGCUAUCUAGCGCGCUUUUUCUUUUUAUAAGAAACAUUCAUGUGUUGAAAAUCCCUAAUUGUUUGCAUAGUCAACUUACACACAGUUCUGACACACACACUUACCCCAUCAGACAUGCCACCAGGGGUCUUUACACAGCCCCCAAAUCCAGAACAAAUUCAAGAAAGCGUACAGUAUUAUAUAGAGCCAUUAUUGCAUGGAACUCCGUUCCAUCUCAUAUUGCUCAAAUAAACAGCUAACCUGGUUUCAAAAAACAGAUAAAGCAACACCUCACGGCACAACGCCUCUCCCAUAUUUGACCUAGAUAGUUUGUGUGUAUGUAUUGAUAUGUAGGCUACAUGUGCCUUUAAAAAAAUGUAUGUAGUUAUGUCCUUGAGCUGUUCUUGUCUUUUAAUGUUCUGUAUUACAUUUACAUUUUAGUCAUUUAGCAGACGCUCUUAUCCAGAGCGACUUACAGUUAGUGAGUGCAUACAUUUUCAUACUGGCCCCCCGUGGGAAACGAACCCACAACCCUGGCGUUGCAAGCGCCAUGCUCUACCAACUGAGCUACAGGGGACUGUAUUAUGUCAUGUUUCAUGUUUUGUGUGGACCCCAGGAAGAGUAGCUGCUGCUUUUGCAACAGCUAAUGGGGAUCUUAAUAAAUACAAAAUACACUAAUUUGCCGCUUCGUGCACAGCAGCUAAUGCUAACUCUCGAUAAUAAUGCUAACUCUCAAUGAUAAUGCUAACCCUCAAUGAUAAUGCUAACCCUCAAUGAUAAUGCUAACUCUCAAUGAUAAUGCUAACUCUCAAUGAUAAUACCAACUCUCAAUGAUAAUACCAACUCUCAAUGAUAAUACCAACUCUCAAUGAUAAUACCAACUCUCAAUGAUAAUGCCAACUCUCAAUGAUAAUGCCAACUCUCAAUGAUAAUGCCAACUCUCAAUGAUAAUACCAACUCUCAAUGAUAAUACCAACUCUCAAUGAUAAUGCUAACAAGAAGGGUUUGUGAAAUGGGCUAAAUGUUGAUUUAGACGUGGUAGUCCUACCCAGUUUUUAAAGUAACCAGUGUAACAUAUUAUGAAUGCUUCUGCGUAAAAGAGGAACCAGUGUAUGUAUGUAGGCUGACUAAGGAAUGCAAUUAACUCUGCUUUCUCAUCUGAUCUUGGUCUACUGUUGUCUGCCUUGGUGUUGGGGCUUGUGACCAACAGGCUAUGUAUGAAAGAAUGUUCUGUUGGAUCGUGGGAAGGAUCAAUGAUGUCAUCGAAGUAAAUAACUACGACGCCAAAGUCCACGGGAAGAACACGGUCAUCGGCGUGCUGGACAUCUACGGCUUUGAGAUCUUUCAGAACAACAGGUUAGGAGCUGUGUCCACUAGAAAUAUAUCAACAUAGAAUGUACUUCAGUAUGGAACGUCUACUUGAGUUAGUCUUGUUUCUUAUACAUCAAUAUGAAAUGUACUGGCUUUAUACACAUUUAGUGUCAAUCUCUCUGUCAUGACACUUAGUUGAUUUGUAUGUAACACAGCAUAAAGCAUUUAUGGUCUAGUUAAAUUUAAACCAGGGUCACAGUCAUUCACUCACCUGUCUGCCUGUCUGCCUGUCUGUCUGUCUGUCUGUCUGUCUGUCAGCUUUGAGCAGUUCUGUAUUAACUACUGUAAUGAGAAGCUGCAGCAGCUCUUCAUUCAGCUGGUGCUGAGGCAGGAACAGGAAGAGUACCAGCGCGAGGGAAUCCCCUGGAAACAUGUAAGGCUGCAUCUUGGUUCCACACCACUCAUGUCUUGUAUCGCCUACUGCAGAAUUGUCACUUUGCCUUAAGUCAUUCUCCUUCCAUUGAAUAUGUCUACCAGGAGCUUCUUCCUCCCUGUACUGGUUUUAGUUGUAAUGAUAUACUGAUCCCCUGUUUUCUCUCUGUACCUGGGCGUAGAUUGACUACUUCAACAACCAGAUCAUUGUGGACCUGGUGGAGCUGCAACACAAGGGCAUCUUCUCUGUGCUGGACGAGGCCUGUAUGAACGUGGGAAAAGUCACAGACAAGGUCUUCCUACAGGGACUCAACACCAAGCUGGCCAAUCACGCCCACUACACCAGCCGCAAGGUACGUUGGAAACAAAAGGAAAUAAUUUUCAAUUCAUUAAUUUAAUUUAAAUUAAUUUCCUGUAUUGACUGAAUUGAAAGUGGAAUUCACCUCAACAAUGUGGACACAUGGAUAUGAUCUCCCUAGGCUUGAUGCACCAAUGGGUUUCUUCUUUCCACAGGGCAUAGUGGUAACCUUAGAACAACAUUAGCGAUUUAUAAAACAUUUGUGAUUUUAAAGGCUUGUUCCCAGUAAUUAUAAAGUAAUGCUAUUAGCCCAACAACCAAGCCCAGUGAUUUUAAAACAUAAGACGAGACAUAUACUGUAUAAUUUGGUUAGUUUCAAUUAUCAGCUCCAUCAAAUCCUGUUUAAAGUCUAAUUGGCAUUAAAGCCAUUGUACACCACCAGACUAAGAAAAACUAAUUUAUCUGCACAUCUGUUCCCCAGUGGCUCAGAAGGCUGCAUUUUACAGGGUAGUAUUUCACUCAGUGGACCACAAGAGGGCAACAUGCGUCAGAGAAAUGAGUGCAGGUCUAUCUGACUCAACACUCUGUCCCCAGUGAUGUCACUGACAGCCAAUAGGAGUCAAUGGAGAGGGCGUCUUGCUGCGCUGGCAUGGGUGUUGGAGGGAGGGAGGGAGGGAGAGAGCGAGAGAGGGAGAAGAGAAUGGAAGAGACAGAAUCAUAACAAGAGGAACAGAUGGAGAGGAGGGGAGGUACAAGGUAAAGAUAGAGGACAUAUCACUGACAAACAGGUUGUUUUACCCUAAACUUCCUAGACUGUGUUAUGUGUCAUCACCUUAGCUGUUUCUCUAUGACAGGGUUCCCCAAUUGGCAGCCAGUUGAUUAUUAUUCCCCCCCCCCCAAAGUUUUCUUGUUUGACUUAAAAGACUGUAGAAACACCAGAAAAUCAGCUCCAAGUGAUUUUAAUUUAGGAAAUCAAAUCUGUUCCAAAGUAUUCCCACGCAUAAUAGAGAUACAAACACUCACCGGCCAGUUUAUUAGGUGCACCACACCGUUCACGAACAUUGAUUGCUCCUUCAGACAGUGAGUCACGUGGCUGUGGCUUGCUAUAUAAAGCAGAUGGGCAUCGAGGCAUUCAGUUACUGUUCGUUUGAACGUUAGAAUGGGAAAAAUGAGUGACUUAAGCGACUUUAAGUGUGGUAUGAUUGUCAGUGCCAAGCGCACCGGAUCCAAUAUCUCAGAAACGGCUGCCCUCCUGGGCUUUUCACACAUCACAGUGUCUAGGGUUUACCGAGAAUGGUGCUACAAACAAAAAACAUCCAGUCAAGGGCAGUCCUGUGGGCAAAAACAGCUAAUUGAUGAAAGAGGUCGAAGGAGAAUGGCAGGAAUCGUGCAAGCUAACAGGCGGGCCACAAACAGACAAAUAACGGUGCAGUACAACAGUGGUGUGCAGAACGGCAUCUCGGAACGCACAACUCGUCCAUCCUUGUCACGGUUGGGCUAUUGCAGCAGAACGACCACACCGGGUUCCACUCCUAUCAGCUAAAAACAAAAAGACGCGGCUCCAGUGGGCACGGGAUCACCAACACUGGACAAUUGAGGAGUGGAAAAACAUGGCCUGGUCCAACGAAUCCCGGUUCCUGUUGCGUCAUGCUGAUGGCAGCGUCAGGAUUUGGCGUAAGCAGCAUGAGUCCAUGGACCCAUCCUGCCUGGUACAGCCUGGUGGCGAUGGUGUUCUGGUGUAGGGAAUGUUUUCCUGGCACACGUUAGGUCCCUUGAUACCAAUUGAGCAACGAACAUUUCCGACACAUUGUAGAAUCCAUGCCCCGAAGAAUUCAGGCAGUUCUGGAGGCAAAGGGGGGUCAGACCCGGUACUAGAUUGGUGUACCUAAUAAACUGGCCGGUGACUGUAUGUGAUCUUGUACAAAUGUAAGCAAGGUUUGAUAUGAUUAUGUUUUAGUCCAAUAUUAUAUCUGUUUGUGCUUCUUGCGGUCAAUUUGCAGUCUACAAAUGAUUUGUAAUUAUGUUCCGGCCCCCUGAAAGUCUAUUCACUAAAAUAAAUAUUGUCCUGCAGCUGAAUCUAGUUGAUGUUCCCUGCUCCAUACAAAGACCGUACAUUGGGCAAUGCUACUAGCCAAGGUCUCAUUCAGUCCAAUCACUCCAAUGGGUAAAGAUAUAGACUGCAUUCCCCUUCAAGUGAAUAAAGCGAUCGUUACAUCUAUGCGCCAUUCAUCUAGUCAUAGACCAAGUCAAAGAUUAGCUUAAUGCUGAGGCCUUGAGGGCUGGCAGCCAGAUGGCUAUCAUACCAUAUGUUUUUUUGUGUUAAUGUGUAUGCGUGUGUGCGUUUUUGUGUGCAUGUGUCCCUGUGUGUGUGUGUGUGUGUGUGUGUGUGCGCGCACAGCCCUCUGCAGAGAUAACACACCUAGCGCUAGGCUAAUGUGUGCUAGAGUACACAGUCCCCAUAGACUCCAGUGGAGAAGAUUGACAGGCAGAGAAUGAGAGAACAUAAGAAUAAGGAUGCUACCUGAUUAUGUGGAUGUCUUUUUCCAUAAUGUAGUUAUGCUAUCAGCCACGAUCUGGUUAGACAUAGUGAAAAUGCUUGACUCUCAUUGUUAUCAGGAGAAAAAAAACUAAAAGGUUACUUUUAAAAGUGGGAUUUAUUGCAAAAGCAUAACUGAAAAUGCUCUAAGGCUCAUCCCUGGUGCAUUGUCGGGAUACAUUUUUAGAUUCACACUUCACGCCCCAUACUCUACAAGCAGCUCUGCUCUAAAAGUUUUGAAAUGUUCACGGCUGCCAGGUUCAUUGGGCACAGACUCUGCAGACUUGAAAGACCUCAAGCAGUUUUUUAUCAUUGCAGUUCUUGUUGGAGAUCUUCUCAAGUAAGUGUGUGUGUGGGGGGUGGGGGGGGGGGGGGAGAGGGAGAGAGAGAAGCAGUGCUAUCAGAGUGGAUUAGCCUGUUAUAAGAUCUGCACUGUCUGUCAGCACUAAUGUUGUCACCCUAUUUUUUAUGAAGAGGUCCUGGAGCUGCUAGACACCAAGCUCCUCUCUGUAAACACUCUGACAACACACACACACACACUGUUACACCCCUUGGUAAAAGACCUCACACUCCAGAUCAGAUAGAAUGUGGAAAUGAAGAAGCGUCUUGAUCAGUGGCGGCGUCUUCAGGCGCAUCUUGGCUUUUAAAGCUCCUCCAGACCUAGAGACUUGUUAUGUUGUCUAAUAAAAAUAUCCCUUUUAAAAGUCCCUGUUAUUGGUUUUCAGUCUUGUCAGGGCUGUUAUGUAUGAAUCAAGGGGUGUUUGAAGCUGUGGAUCUGGGUUGUUGUUUACACAGACCUCUCACUUAGAUGAAACUACUAGAUGUAAUUGAUAUAAUGGGCCAGGACGUUUAGGUGGAUGGUUAUUUGGUCACGGCAUCCCUCUUUGUGGUGUGCCAGGAGUGGUUACUUACUGACAACUGAAUGAUAGAACUUUGAAGAAGUUUUAAACGGACUGCAGUUAUUCUAGCUAUAUAAAGGUUUAGGAAACGCUUCCCUGCUUCUCCUCGAACUGCUUAUGUCGAUACUUAGCUUGGCUGAUGUGGUACACAGUGAGGGAGAGCUGUGACACGCUGGUCUAGACAGGAGUCUGUUGUUAGUGCAGUAUUCACGAAGAAGGGGGUUGAGACCUCUCGCUGUUUGGAUUUGAAAAUCCAACAGUUGUAUUGGAAGGGUGCGGCGCUCGGGGGCUGUGUGUGUCUGUCCAAGUGGGUGUUUAAGUUAGAAAGACACAGAGGAGAACCAAUCAAUAACAAAUAGCCUUUCCAGACUCUGAAGUAACAAGGACAUCAAGUUAGGUGUCAGCCAGACUAGUUGAUACCAUACUCAAAUUUCGAAUCUCCCAAUUUGCUGUCCGACUCGUAUGCCUUCUCUUGUGCACGUUGUAAGGUCGUACUCCUGUAAUACCAUGUCUUUAUAUAUGCUAGGAAUUAAUUAUUUUUAUGGGCUACUUUUCUACAUAACUAAGGAAUUAACAUGGUCCACUCACACCAACACAGUCGUGAAGAGGGCACGACAACACCUCUUCCCCUCUCAUGAGGCUGAAAAUAUUUGGCAUGGGCCCUUUGCAAGAUCUCCGGUUCCAACACAAUGGCUUUUUACCUCUCAAUGCAUCAUAUUCUUGAUAUGACGUUUGAACUUCUCCUAGAAGUGGGUGCUUAGUUUAUACACUGAGUAUACAGAACAUUAAGAACAGCUGCUCUUUCCAUGACAUAGACUGACUGACCAUAUGAAAGCUAUGAUCCCUUAUUGAUGUCACUUGUUAAAUCCACUUCAAACAGAGUAGAUGAAGGGGAGGAGACAGGUUAAAGGAUUUUUAAGCCUUGAGACAAUUGGGACAUGGAUUGUGUAUGUGUGCCAUUCAGAGGGUGAAUUGGCAAGACAAAAGAUUUGAACGGGGUAUGGUAAUAGGUAUCAGGCGCACCGGUUUGUGUCAAGAACUGCAAUGCUGCUGGGUUUUUCACACUCAAAAGUUUCCCGUGUGUAUCAAGAAUGGUCCACCACCCAAAGGACAUCCAGCCAACUUCACACAACUGUGGGAAGUAUUGGAGUCAACAUGGGCCACCAUCCCUGUGGAACGCUUUCGACACCUUAUAGAGUCCAUGCCCAAACAAAUUGAGGCUGUUCUAAGGGCAAAAGGGGGGAUGCAACUCAAUAUUAGGAAGGUGUUCCUAAUGUUUAGUAUACUCAGUUGUAUAUCUGUUUCUGUUUUUAAAAAGUAAUAAUAUGCAGUCUAGAGAGGUAAUGUUGUGAGAGAGUAAAUACCAUGACAGCUGCAGCGGGUGAGGUGGCCGUGAAACAGCACCAUCCAUCUCCCUGUGUCCUGAUUGGCUCCUGUGGUGAGUGAUUGACCGGUUUGGAGCCAGUCAGUCGGGCCGCCUGGUGUGUUUACCCUGCAGGUGCCAGCUUAGUCAGUGGGCGGGGGAGCGAGGCACAGGUGGUGAACAGGAUGGGGGUGGAGGUGGCAGAGGAGAGGAGAGGUGCUGUAGGGAGGGCGAGAUUUAGGCAGGAGGACAAGGGACAGCAGGUGUUAGGGUGAUCAGAGGGGUCUCUGCUAUAAAGCUGUUCAUCCAUUUACAAAACAGGCUAUCGCCCUAGUAUGACUACAAAUGUAUGACCUCGUUUUCUCUGAGUUGUACAGAUAUGAAUGGCCAACAUGCUCACAUACUGUUUAAAUCAGAGAAUGUUCAGUGCUUUUGUGUACAGGUGCAGUGUCGUUCUCAAAGGAAUGAAUGUGGAACUAAAGAUCCAAUAGGCAAAAGGCAAGGGAACUUAUGCCAAGGGAUUACAGUCUGUGUACACAUGACUGUGAUACAGGCACAAUCGACCUGUUCUGAACCUGUUUUGGAUCCAACUAAUACCUUAUAUGUUCUAUCUGUCCCAUAUCUACAUGUGAAGAACCCAAUAUCCCCCCCCCCCCCCCCCCCCCCCCCCACUCAAAACAUUGUCUCCAUCUUCACUCUCUUCUCAUUUCUUUUCUAGUAAAAGAGUAAUUUGAAGGUGUUAAAUGCUAUAUCCCCUCUCGCUUCAUGCUUAUUUCUUUCUCGCUCAUAUCCUCUUUUUCCACCUCACCUCAUCCCGAAUGUAUCUCUGUCCUUUUCUCACCCUCUUUACUUUCCGUUGUUUUGUCCCCCUCUCUUUAUUUUCUCCCUCUCUCUAAACCAUCCGUUUUAUCUCCCUUGCGCGGUGUCCUCCAUUUCCCCCCCACCCCCACCCCCAUUUUCUCAUCUGAUAUACAGUAGGCAUUAGGCUGGAUAAAGAGUGACAGACACAGAGAGAGAGGUGGUAAUGAUAUAGCUGGCAGUGUGUGUGGAGGGGGACUUAUUGUGAUAGAUGAGGACAAGGUGGCUUCCAGCAGCCUCCGUCUGUCUGUCUGGCUAGCUGGCUGUAUGUCUAGCUGCCAGGUUGGCUGGCUGUACUGGCCUGUAAAGAGCACGGGCCCUUCAUGGAUCAAUUCCCUAUCACAGUUCCACUCAAGUAUUUCUGCUAUUGCCAUGCCCAUUCAUUUUCAAGGCUUUGAAUAGGAAUUUGAAUGCGGUCACACAGAGAUUUGUAUACUUUCCUCCACAGUUUGCUGCCUGUAAGUUGUUCUCUUGUUAACAACAUUCGCAUCUUCAGGGACUUUCUCUUCUUCCUUUGGUGUGUAUGAGCUCUCUGCUCGAUGACUCAGGCACUCAGCCUCUCUGUUCCUCCAAACAUCCUGGCUGUCCCUGUUUUACAUAACACUGUCUGUCCCCAUGGCUUAUUGGAGGUUCUCUAAUCUAUUGCUGUGUGCUAAUAAUUUCUGCCUUGUAUUUUAAUGAGACUAGAUGCCUCUCUCUCUCUCUCUGUCAGCAUAAUAUUUUAUGAAUGGCAGUGCAGUAGUGGCACUUAUACAGUGGGUAUCAUAACUAUUCACAUUACAUUAUGUUGCUUUAUGAAUCCCACUUUAUAAAGCAACAUAAUGUAAUGUGAAUAGUUAUGAUACCCACUGUAUAAGUGCCACUACUGCACUGCCAUUCAUAAAAUAUUAUGCUGACAGAGAGAGAGAGAGGGAGAGAGAGAGAGUGGCAUCUAGUCUCAUUAAAAUACAAGGCAGAAAUGUCAAAAAUGUCAGAGAAAAUAAUGAAAUUUUUUAAUUUCAUGCAUUUUUACAAAUUAAUAAAAAUUAAAUAACUAAAAUAUAGUUGUUGCGUAAGUAUUCACCCCCUUUGUUUAGACAAGCGUACAUUAGUUCAGGUGUAAAAUGUGGCUUAACAAAUCACAUAAUAUGUUAGGGGUUGAUAUAAAAAAAUGUAUGACUGCCUCUGUCCUCCAUACAUACAAUAUAUGUAAGGUCCCUGAGUCAAGUAUUGAAUUCAAUCAUAGAUUAAACUACAAAGACCAGGGAGCUUUGUGAAAGCCUCAUAAAGAAGGGCAGUGAUUGGUAGAUGGGUAACAAUAACAAAUCAGGCAUUGAAUAUCUCAAGUUAAUAAUUAUGCUGUGACUGAUGUAUUAAACCACCCAGACACAUCAAAGAGGGGAUACUUAUAAUAUGCCAUUUAGCAGACGCUUUUAUCCAAAGCGACUUACAGUCGUGUGUGCAUACAUUUUUACGUAUGGGUGGUCCCGGGGAACGAACCCACUACCCUGGCGUUACAAGCGCCAUGCUCUACCAAUUGAGCUACAGAGGACCACUUAUGAUACCCAUUGUAUAAUGCUACUCUCACCAUGCCACAGGGCUGACUAGGGCGUCCUCUCUCUGUCACCAGACACACUAGCUACUCUACUGUAGCACACCAAUAUACAACUGACGCAGUCACAAACAUCAACACAAAGGUGUACAAACAUGGAUGGAUGGAUGUAUAUACAGACACACACAAACAGGUACACACGCACUCACAUCCGGUCAGGUAUACACACACAGGCUCAUUAGAGUUUGCAGAGGACUGCGGCAGACCUCUCUGCAUUUCCCGUCACGCUACUUUUCUCUCCUCUCUGCACUCAACCACUGGCCUACAUACAGCCAUCCACAUCAGUUCCUGCGGCACCACACACAGCUCAUUCAUAUUUAAUGUGCACAGAUUUCCUCUCUCUCUCUCUCUCUCAUAUCUGGGGACGCUGCUUCUGUCCCUCUAAUGGGGUACACUAGGUUAUAUCUGGGGAAGCAACUUUCCAGUAAAGAAAAACUGAGUAUAGCACAUACGAAAACAGAUAUCCUUGAUAUUACAGAGUAAAGUUCCUUUGCAUAGGUUACUAGUCCCCACUUCCCCCGGUUUGUGUUACUCAAUUUCUCUCUCUGUCUCCCCCCCCCCCCCCCCCCUCUCUCUCUCUCUCUCUCUCUCUCUCUCUCUUUAUUUCUCUCUCUCUCUCCAUCCUCAGCUUUCACCGACAGACAAGAGUUUGGAGUUUGACAGAGAUUUCCGUAUCCGGCACUAUGCAGGGAAUGUUGUGUAAGUAACCAUUGCGGUGGUGUACUGUAUGGAACCACUCUCGGCUAAAAGUCAUUGUGGCGGCAGUAGUGAGUUCAUUGCACUUCACUAUGUUCUCUUAAUACCCUAAUCAUUACAGAAAUGUGAGAUCAUCAAACACUAUCUGCCAAAUCACAAGCUUUGUAUGCUACAGUAUGCAAGACAUCCUCAGUGCCUGUCCAGCCCAGCAGCUCUCUAGCUAACUCCCCAUAGUUGACAUAUUAAAUGGCUUUAAAGAUGAGAUGAGACCAUUAUAAAUACCAUGGACUCUGCCUCCUGCAGCGUAGCCUAAUUGGUUCAGGGAGCACUCAAACUUGAGUCUCGCUGCGUCCCAAAUGGCACCCUAUUCCCUAUAUAGUGCACUACCUUUGACCAGGGCCCAUACUGUAGGUCUCUGGUCAAUGGGAUCUGGCCAAAAGUAGUGCACUAUAUAGGGAAUAGGGUGCCAUUUUGAGAUGCAGCCUGAUACUGUAGAGUAAGGGGUGUAAUGGGUCAGUGUCCCCUGGGUCUUACUGAAUACCGCAGAUGGCUCCUACACUUACACUGUCUCAGACUGGAAACAGAGGAUUUCUUCUCUAAUUCUUCUGUGACUCAUCCAUUGUAACCGUUUCUGAGUAGGGUUUACGAGACGCUGUUGUCAUUUUUAAGCACCGUCUUUGGUGAUGCAAGUUUUAAGACGGUCUUAGUGUCAGAAAAAGAUAUUCGAAACGUGUGUGUGUGUGUGUGUGUGCACUUUUGUAUUUACACAGGUACUCUGUGGUUGGCUUCAUCGACAAGAACAAGGACACUCUCUUCCAGGACUUCAAAAGGCUACUGUACAACAGGUCAGAGUCAACACACCUGCUAUCCCCUCUCCCCCUCCUCCCCUCUCAUGACACCACAGUAGCCUUCAAAAAACAGAACAACAGCACCUACAAUGAAGAACUGAUAAACAAUCUUCUCCUCUCUCUUUUACUCUUCUUUUUCUCCCUCUCUCUUCCUCUCUUCCUCUCUCUCCGUAGCUCCAACCCAGUGCUGAAGGUGAUGUGGCCAGAGGGCAAGCUGAGGAUCACUGAGGUCACCAAACGACCCUUAACGGCCGCCACCCUCUUUAAGAACUCCAUGAUCGCAUUGGUGGAGAACCUGGCUUGCAAGGUGAGGGGCUAUUUAAUUGGCCAACAACAUCCAAUUUUCUGUUUGUACUACUGACUUGGCGUGUGUGUGUGUGUGUGUGUGUGUGUGUGUGUGUGUGUGUGUGUGUGUGUGUGUGUGUGUGUAUUUCAACUUUAAUAGUCUAAAGUGGGUUUUUGUUCAUCUCCUCUCCUUCAAAAUUACACAAGGGAACUCACAGGAUAGGUGGAAAAAACAUGUUGGGUAUUCUAUAGGAAUUAGCUUUCACGUUUCCCGUUCUUCCACAUCCGUGCAGAUAAUGGAGAGGAGACUAGGGGGUAAAGCCAUUUUAGACUAUUUACAUGUUGUCAGUGUUCAGUGCCACUUUCUGACGAACCCCAUAGUAGCCAAUGAUGUGUCCCCUUACUGUGGCGUGUGUGUAGGAGCCUUACUACGUGCGCUGCAUCAAGCCCAACGAUGUCAAGUCGCCCCUGCUGUUCGAGCACGAGCGUUGUCGCCACCAGGUCGAGUACCUAGGCCUACUGGAGAACGUUCGUGUGCGCCGUGCCGGAUUCGCCAACCGCCAGGAGUACCCCCGCUUCCUCCAGAGGUACGAGCUUCCACCCCAUCUCCGGGUAGAAGUAGAAUUAGGGCCCGUAUUCAAAAAGCUUCUCAGAGUAGUGCUGAUUUAGGAUCAAGUCUCUUCUGUCCAUAUAAUCAUAUUAAUUAUGAUCUAAAAGGCCUUAUCCCGAUCCUAUAUCAGCACUCCUACUCUGAGGGCGACGUUUCCGUAGUGCUAAAGCAUUGUGCGAAGUGCAAAAAAUACAUUAUAAUAUGUGUGAUUUAAUUACAAAAUGUUCUUACGGGACCUGUGUUAUAACUGGGCUGGAACAAAAGCUUGAACAAGAUGCCCACCCCUGCAUUAGAUCAUUGGCUAGGGGCAACAUCAUCCUCCCUACAUUCCCAUCCUUAUCAUGUUACUUCCUGCUGUCAGGUAUUAAGUUGUUGUUUAGCCAAUGUCCCAGACAGUUGAUUUGAUACUUCCCUAUCAACACAAUGUUCCUGUGCCCUUGACUAGGAACAGCCUUGUAACAGAGUGGAUGUAUUUAAUGAAUUGCCUUUUCAUCGAAUUCAGUCGACGCACUGCAAUUCAGUGGGGAAAACAAGCUCUGUGACGAGUUGUAUUGAGACUAUGACCCUCACUACUUCCUGCCUCUGUUUUCAAUCCAUUCACCAGUAUAGACUGACAGUCCCUAAUACAUUUUUCUCUACCAUGAUACUAUGAUAUUAUUUUAUGUACAACAGUUCUCCUACUAACAUCAAUUCAUGACUAAGUGAAUAAACCGGGGCUGGGCUUGAGUUUGAUCAAGCAGAAUCCAGUCAGUACUGGACUAAGUCAUAGAGAUCUGUGCAGUAGAGAGAAGAGGAUGGGCUUCGCACGAUCACGUUACCUUGUGUCUCCCUUCCAGAGGUAGAUCGGGCGCUAAGCGACAGCAGUGAUGUCACUGAGGUGGCAGCAAGUCACUUUCAUCAGAUGAGAUGUUACGUAAUAAUAAAUACAGCAAGAUAUGACAUUUCUUCUAAAAGUGUGUUAUCUGGGAAACAGAAACAGGUUUAUAUUGUGUGCAAAAGGAGGAUUUUUAUAGGAUUUAUUUUGGACUCUUGGCAGUCAAGACUGACCAAAUGUUUAAUUAGGAUUUGGUCCAAAUUGCACUGUCACACACAAGCUCCAAAUGGUCCCAAACAAAUGCAAACACACACACACACACAUUCUGUUAAAUGUUGAUCCCUUUCCCUAAUUCAUUCACAGCUGUUUCAUUCUCCCACUGCCCCGCCCUUCCUCGGUCAAACUACACCGAACAACAAUAUAAACGCAACAUGAAACAAUUUCAAUGAUUUUACUGAGUUACAGUUCAUAUAAGGAAAUCACUCAAUUAAAAUAAAUUCAUUAGGCCCUAAUCUAUGUAUUUCACAUAACUGGGCAGGGGCGCAGCCAUGAGUGGGCCUGGGAGGGCCUCACCCACUUGGGAGCCAGGCCCAGCUAAUCAGAAUGAGUUUUCCCCCACAAAAGGGUUUUAUUACAGAUAGAAAUACUCCUCAGUUUCAUCAGCUGUCCAGGUGGCUGGUCUCAGAUGAUCCGGCAGGUGAAGAAGCCGGAUGUGGAGGUCCUGGGCUGGCGUCGUUACACGUGGUCUGCGGUUGUGAGGCCGGUUGGGCGUACUGCCAAAUUCUCUAAAAUGACGUUGGCGGCUUAUGGUAGAGAAAUGAACAUUCAAUUCUCUGGCAACAGCUAUGGUGGACAUUCCUGCAGUCAGCAUGCCAAUUGCACGCUCCCUCAAAACUUGAGACAUCUGUAGCUUUGUGUUCUGUGACAAAACUGCACAUUUUAGUGGCCUUUUAUUGUCCCCAGUACAAGGUGCACCUGUGUAAUGAUCAUGCUGUUUAAUCAGCUUCUUGAUAUGCCACACCUGUCAGGUGGAUGGAUUAUCUUGGCAAAGGAGAAAUACUCACUAACAGGGAUGUCAACAAAUUUGUACACACAAUUUGAGAGAAAUAAGCUUUUCUGGAAUCUUUUAUUUCAGCUCAUGAAACAUGGGACCAACACUUUACAUGUUGCGUUUAUAUUUUUGUUCAGUAUAGAUUAGGUAAUAGUUGCGAUACUUAACAAUUAUUGUUUUGCAUAACGCACUUCUCCUCUAACUCUAUCCCUCUCCCUCAUUUCCUUCACUGAUGAAUUUGGUAUAGAUCGGUAUUACAUCAUGCUUUAGCAGUAAAAUGCCAGUGAAAUGACUAAUUAUGACUAACAGGAUUUUUUGUCAGGCCUGCUGACCUCUCUUGGCAGUCAAAUAAUAUCUUGUCCUGUAAAGUUACAAAUCAUUCUGUAUUUUGCUGGGCAUUUUUUCUGUGGUUCAGGUUUCAUAAAAGAAGAAGGGUGAUGCAAACACCAUUAGGAAUUUAAGUCCUAGUAAUUUAGCAGAUGCUUUUGUCCAAAGUGACAUACAUUUAACACACAGUAUACCAUGUUUUUGGCCCUUGCAGGAAUCAAACCAAUUAUUAUGGCAUUGUAUGCCCCAUGCUCCGACCACUGAGCAAUCAGAACCACUCUGGUUAGCGAUCGUGCUAAAGUAUUUUGAUCUCCACUAAUAUUGGACUCCUUUCCCCUCGGCCUCCAUUCCACCCCCUCAGGUACAAGAUGAUCUCAGAGUUCACGUGGCCCAAUCACGACCUCCCGUCGGACAAAGAGGCGGUAAAAAGGCUGGUGCAGGGCUGCGGCUUCGAGCAGGACGUGGCGUACGGCAAGACGAAGGUGUUCAUCCGCACGCCGCGCACCCUCUUCUGCCUGGAGGAGCAGAGAACCAAAAUGGUUGGGAAAAUCGUCCUCUUCCUUCAGAAGGUCAGUGUCAAUCUCGUCAUCUUUGACCUUUGGCCUGGUCUCCAUGGCAACGGCUUUAGGUCGAGUGUAAACAUUGUAUAGGUGUGACCUCUACAGGUAAAUCUGUUCAAAAGUCAAAAAUAAAUAAAUACAAAUAAGUUUGAGACGCUUUAAAUUCAAUAGAAACUCACUUUUAUAUUCGAUAUCACAUUGUCAGGGAGCCUGAUUGUUGGUCAAAGCUACCUAUUAUCCAGUGACCUCAUUAUUUUGUGUUCUCAUUUAAAUUCAUUCUCCUUGCUUCUCAUAUGAGUAACUAACUCCCGAGACAGGAACAACUCAGCACUUGAUAUGCCACCGCCGCUAGGCAUCGAGAUAUGUUCAGAGCCUAAAAUAAUGUUGUAUUAUUAUAGCGUUGGCUCUCUCUCUCUUUCUCUCUGGGUUUUAUCCGCCCACGCAAACCCAACUCAGUAAAUGAUCUGGAGGAGAGAAGAGGGGUCCACACAUCCGCACUGCAGACUUCUGGGAAGCCACUGGCAACUCCUGCACACUAAAAGAACAAACAAACUCUGAAAACAGAAUAUAAUGUUCCCUGUACUCCUAUUCAACCCUUAUUAGCGACUCCUUCUCAUAGUUGGAAUAUAUCACUACUAGCACAGCUCCUGAGAUGCUGAAACCCAUAUGUAUUAAUAUAAACCAUUAGCUAAUGUACUGUAGCUAUAGGGGAAAUCCAUUUAGUACCCCUUUUAUCAUAUUGACAGUUUUAUGACAUUGAUACAGACCAGAAUGUAAUCCCAUGUUAUUGCUUUAUUACGACCAAUUCUCUGUAAAUGUUCUCUGUUAUAUGAUUGGGGAUAUGGAUAUUGGAUUUUUCAUAUGCCUUCCUCCCUUGGUUGGUUGGUAAAGAAAGUCAUGUGAUUGUGUUGUGCAUGAGAAUGCAUGACUUACUUUCAGACACCUCAGGUAAGAAUGAUAGCAACUCUGAUGUGAUGAUUGGGUGUGUCAUACCAUAUGCCAUACACACCCACUAAGACAGCCUCAGUCGUACUGUACAAGGCUUCUGUAUAGAUGGGGAAAAUGUUUUUUGUAGAAUGCAGUGUUGCCCUGUCAAUUUGCUGUUAAAUCUAGCUGAGCUUCUCUAUAAAGGUAAUGCCCUCUCUGACUGACUGGUACAGAGCUCCAAAACGUCCAUUUGUCAGCAUCUGUCUGUUCGCUUUCGUGUUUCCUUUUCCCAGUUUGGGAUUUGAACGCCUAUUUCACUCAUUCACCUGGGAGCCAUCUAUAUGUUUGGUGUUCUGACAGAAUAAAGAUUGACAGCUAUACAUUUACCUAGCAUGUUAUUGCUACUCAUAUCCCUAGGAGUACAUUCCUUCACAUUCUGAACACCUUUGAUUCAGUCAGCUCUCUCGGAGGACUGUGCUGCAAUCUAACUGCCUGCAGACAUCAAAGGCUGAAACCAACCAAAUUGCUUCAAUCUGGGAUUGAUUGUUUGACCUCUGUAUUGAUCUAGAAGGCCCAGGUUGUGCUGCCCAACAGACAAGCUCGCCUCGUGCUCCUGUUCUCCUAUCUCAAAGGAUUUUGUCACUUUGAUAACCAAGUACAAACACCAGAGAGAAUUCCAGACGUUCUACCAAAACAAACAUCACACAAAAGAGAGGUUUAGGGUUGAAGGAAUCGUGCAGGGGCUCUGUCAGAGAAUAUGAAGAGAGGUUCUUUGUCAAUGGAUGUUGCUCACGCACGCACACACACACACUCUCAUGCACCACCCUCCACAAAUAAGCAAAAUAGACUGCUAUUUUACUCUGUUUGUCCCCUGCCCCCUACACACACAGCUCAUCCUCUGUGCCAUGCAAUCCCCUUAUCAGCAGCUGGCACACCAAUGGGGCUUAUGCCAACGGGCCCCACCAUGCCAGGGGUGGCAGGACCCAUGCCAGUAUCUCAAGCGCUCUUCCCCUCCCCCCAACGAGCCUCCUUCCCCAGACAACCACAAGUGCCUGUCAGUGACUGCACUCCACAUAAGAAGUGAGGGGUCCCAUAUAUAGAACCCGAGAAUAUUGUGCCCUUCUCCAUGCCUGUUUCUGGAGUACACAAUGUACCUUUCUCCCUACCGCCCCUUCACCCCCUCCUUACAGCCCCCUACGUAAGUGCCCCUCAUCCCCUGAAGGGAGGAGGGGGGGGGGGGGGGGUGAGAGAGAGAGACUCCCUCCCAGUCUCAUUUCACGCUGCCUUUCGCUCCGUCGUUCCUCGUUUCCGCCCCGUACUCCUGAGCCCCCGACUAAGCCGUUCCACUCCGGCUCUCCUCUGCUCCCCGAGGCAGCGGCUAGAACCCUGGCUCCGCUGAAUCCACCGCCACGGCUAUCAACUCUGCCCUCACCACUGACUGACUGAGUGCACUACAUCCCACUAUCAAUGGCCUAUAUCUGCUCCACUGCCCACUCCCAGAUGUGGACUGUGCGGGCAGUUGAGCACACAAGCCCCCAUCCAAUCCGCAGUCAGAACCUUAUCCUCAGGAAGGGCCGAUAGUCCCAAUCUGAACCAACCUAAAGGGGAUUAAAUACUACAAUCCAACACAAAUACAGAGACUUUUUUAAAAAUUAUUCAUGAGCUUCCACCCUUAUUUUUUAAUGAAUAUUUCAUACAUUUAUGUCACGCCCUGACUUAUGGGACUCUUGUAUGUUGAGUCAGGGUGUGGAUAUCUAUGUUAGUAUUUCUAGGUUUUCAUUCUAGGUUUGUGUUUCUAUGUUUGGCCGGGUGUGAUUCCCAAUCAGAGGCAGCUGUCGCUCGUUGUCUCUGAUUGGGGAUCAUACUUUAGUAGCCUGUUGGCAAUCAUUAGUGGCGGGAUCUUGUUCCGUGUGUAGGCUUGGUUUGUGUUUAGCCUGAGGACUUCAUGUUACGUUGGUUUGUUGUUUUGUUCGUGUGUUUAUCGUUGAAAUAAACAUGUAUGCAUUUCACGCUGCGCCUUGGUCUGACCCGUCCUUCAACGAACGUGACAGUUUAAGCCCAGCCAUCCACAUCAGUUUCUGUCAGGGCUAUUCUUUUAGCUGAGAUGACGACAGAGAGUCAGUCCCCUGUGUAUUAGGAACUGGACAUUAAUUUCUAUUGAAAGCGUUACAGGUUUUAUCAGUGAGACUGUAGGCUAGGCUAUGCUAACAUUAGCUUAGCGUUAGCCUAGUGUAAGCCCUAGCACGCUGUCUGUCUGCCUACUGGGCCUGAACUGAUCCCCUUCUAUCCACACGCCUCAGCAGUAUGUAACCUGAUCCUAAUUCGUCUGAUGUAGGCAUUAUUGCAACGGUGUGUACAGUGUUCUGUUACUUAUGGUACAUUUACAACUGCUGACUGCAAAACACCUAGCUACCUCCAAAAUUGACAAUCUGCCAGAAAUAUUAGCAAGUUAUUCAAUGUAUUUUCAUGUGAUAGAAGUUCGUAGAACUAUUACAGCAGAACAGAUAAUACCUCAUACCCCUGCACAUCGACUCAGUACUGGUACCCCGUGUACAGUAUAUAGCCAAGUUAUUGUUACUCAUUGUGUAUUUAUUAUUACUUUUAUUAUUAUGUGUUAUCACUUUUCUAUUAUUUAUACAUUUUCUUUCUCUCUGCAUUGUUGGGAAGGGCCCAUAAGUAAGCAUUUCACUGUUAGUCGACACCUGUUGAUUACGAAGCAUGUGAUGAAUAACAUUUGAUCUGAUAAUACCCUUCCACAUGAUCACAUUUAAAUGAAAAUAGGAUGUAAAGAUACAUUCUGCAAUAUUUACAACUCUUCAAUUAUCAUUUCAAUUAGUGAUAUAGGCCCAUUGAUUAUUGAAAAAUGUAAUUUAGAAAUGCCUCAUGAGCUAAGAAUAACUGUCUAACCUCAUUAUAACACAAUAUAAGGUUGUUUUACUCCAAGGUUUGUAAACAAUGUCUUUUUUAAUGAACAACACACAGUAGUAUUGAUUUUAAUAAUGAUUUUGGGGCUCCAAAAAUAGGUUCACCUGAGACCAUUACAGCAUUGAGCAUUCACAGUGUUCUCGCACAGGGAAGAGCUGGAAGCCACUUAAGAUCAUGUGAUUGUCAGGAUCAUCAUAGAGCCUACACCCUUCAGUGAUAUACAUCGCAUCCACAUCCUCCUCCUCCAGCUGCUGACUAACUACAUUAGAUAUACACUUAAGAUUUGAAUCAAAAUGGUAGUCAUAAUUCCGCAUAAUUCUCUGGCCAUUAUUAUACAUCAGUAUAUAAAUAUCCACUCCUGACAGUUCAGCUGCUUGGCUUGAAAUUAUGGAAACAUAAUCCAUUAAUGCUCAUAUAAAGCAGAUGAAACAAAAUGUUGUUCAUUGUAAUUCGUACACCUACUAUAGGUGUAUUAGGCCUACUUGCAUUCUCGUUCUUCAGUUCCUUCACCUGGCUCUCACAGGCUGUCAGUCUGGCCUCCAAGGCUGUAAUGGGCUCCCGAGUGGCGCAGCGGUCUAAGGCACUGCAUCUCAGUGCUUGUGGCAUCACUACAGACCCCCUGGUUCGAUUCCAGGCUGUAUCACAACCGGCCGUGAUUGGGAGUCCCAUAGGGCGGCGCACAAUUGGCCCAGCGUCGUCCGGGUUUGGCCGGUGUAGGCCGUCAUUGUAAAUAAGAAUUUGUUCUUAACUGACUUGCCUAGUUAAAUAAAGGUAAAUAAAAAAUCUGUCUUCGGUUCCUCCAUCUGGCUCUCACUGGCUGUCAGUCUGGCCUCCAAGGCUGGAUUGUCUGUCUUCAGUUCCUACACCUGGAUCUCACUGGCUGUCAGUCUGGCCUCCAAGGCUGGAUUGUCUGUCUUCAGUUCCUCCACCUGGCUCUCACUGGCUGUCAGUCUGGCCUCCAAGGCUGGAUUGUCUGUCUUCAGUUCCUCCACCUGGCUCUCACUGGCUGUCAGUCUGGCCUCCAAGGCUGUAUUGUCUGUCUUCAGUUCCUCCACCUGGCUGUCAGUCUGGCCUCCAAGGCUGUAUUGUCUGUCUUCAGUUCCUCCACCUGGCUCUCACUGGCUGUCAGUCUGGCCUCCAAGGCUGGAUUGUCAGUCUUCAGUUCGUCUACUUCUUUCGUAGUGAUUCUCUUCUCCACUUUAAGGUCCAUCACUUGGUCCUCACUUGCUGCCACUCUGUCCUCCGUGUUCCUCAGCUUCUCUCUCUCUGCUCCACCACCAUGUCUCUCAGCUCCUUAAUCUCAUUCCAGAUGUCAGGUGUGGUUGUGUGUUCGUCGGUCACGCCCAUAGCUUCAGUCCCUCGGGUCUCCAUCGGAACUUCGCUAACUCUGCUCUCUCUCCCUGCGCUGUGACCCUGUUGAGCUCUGUCUCUGACCCCUCCACUCUCUCCCUGAGCCCAUGCCCCGGACAGACAGAAGAACAGCAACACUAA